GCUGCACGUCUCCUGAAGCCUCUCAGUGCUCCUCGGCGGGAUCACGCGGCAGACCGGACGCGCGCGCGCCCCUGUGCCGUCUCCUCGCCGCGCGCGCGCCUCUCCGCUUUCUUCCUGCACGCGGGUCGGAGGAACAUCUGCGACACGCGCGCGCGCAGGAAACUUUUCCAUUUUAUUAAAGUGACCUCGGGUCUUUUUUUUUCCUUCUUUUUUUUCUUUUCUUUAUCUCUCUGUUUUUUUCACGGUGCAGUCUGACGCGCUGCUCUGACUCUGUGAUUAAUGCAGCUUAAUAUUCAGUAUUAUCUUAUAAAUGUCUGGUCCUGGGACAUGGAGUGAAAGAGAGAAGCUGGUGAUGAGUGAAUGAGUGAAAGAGUGAAAGAGUGAAUGAGUGUGAGGUCAUGAAGAGGUUUAAUUACUCGUGUGGACAGCAGAACUGACUCACUGCAGGCUCCUAAAGUGUUUGACAUGAAGCCGAUGGAAAGGCGAAGAAGGAUGGGAGCCGCGGGCCGGUGUUUGCUGGUGAUGCUGGCGUUACUCGUCCUGUUCCCGGAUGUUGCCGCGUCCUGCCCUCGUCCUUGCGCCUGUUACGUCCCCUCUGAAGUGCACUGCACCUUCCGUUCACUCGCCCUCAUCCCCUCCGGAGUGCCAAGAUUAGUCCGGCGCAUGAAUCUCGGGUUUAACAGCAUUUCUCGCCUUGACAAGGACUCUUUGGCUGAACUGAAGAAACUGGAGCUUCUGAUGAUGCACGGAAACAACAUCCAUCAAAUCCCCGAUGGUGUUUUUAGAGAUUUAAUGUCCUUGCAGGUCCUGAAAAUAAGCUACAAUAAAGUCAAAGUGAUCACAGGUCACACUUUGUCUGGGCUCACGCACCUCGUAAGGCUGUACCUGGACAACAACCACAUCGAAUUCAUCCACCCGGAUGCCUUCAGAGGCAUGACAUCACUUCGUCUGCUCCAUCUCGAAGGGAACCAGCUGCAGAAACUCCAUCCUUCUACCUUCAGCACAUUUUCCUUGUUAAAUCACUUCCUGGUCUCCACAAUCAAACAUCUCUACCUAGCAGACAAUUAUCUGACGUCCCUGCCACAAGAAAUGCUGAGAAAUAUGCCACAUCUAGAGAACAUUUUCCUGUACGGAAACCCCUGGACCUGCGACUGUAGGCUAAACUGGCUCCAAGAUUGGAUGACACGCCAUUCAGGCGUGAUGAAAUGCAAGAAGGACAAAGCACAUGCCCAAGAUCAGCUAUGUCCAGUGUGUGCCUCGCCACAGCAUCUGAGCGGAAAAGAAAUCUCCGAACACAAGGAUUUCCAAUGCACAGGACCGGUAAUUAGCAACUCUUCAGGGAAGGACGUGUCACAUGAGGAAUACCUCAGUGAGCUUCUUUCUCUGGAGGAUUUCAAGCCACCUUUCGGAAAUAUCAUGCUGAACCUGACAGAUGAACAUGAAAACACGGUGGACUUGACCUGCCAAGUUGUAAAACCGAGGGAGUCCACAGAAAUCACGUGGAACUACGCUGAGUCUUUGCAGAUCAGUGCUAACAUGACUCUCUCUUUAGACCUUGAAUGCCCGAUGGACAGGGAGAAGUAUGCGAGCUUAUGGAGACUGCUUGCGUACUACAGCGAGGUUGCGCUGCACCUGCGCAGGGAGAUUAUGUUAAAUAAAGGGCCUGACCUGAGCUACAGAUACAGACAGGACAUUGAGAGAGAUGCGUACUAUUACACUGGAGUCCAAGCUAAUAUUCUGUCCCAUCCACCUUGGCUCAUGCAAUCGUAUGUGAAUAUACAGCUCAACAGGCCCUAUUCCACUUCCAAGACUGUAAAGCUCAUUUUUACUACUCAGAUGUCUUCCACCACAGACAGUGAGCAACCAAGACGGCAGAAGAGAUCCUGGGUUAUGAUCAAACAUAGCAAUGCAACCCAGACGACAUUUAGUUCAGUUGUGGGCAGUAUGAUUGAGAUGGACUGCAAUGUGGUGAGUUCUGGAGGUCCAAGCAUUCAAUGGAUGUUGCCUGAUGGCUCUAAGGUUAGGGCAUCUUUCAGUAGCCCAAACAACCGGAUAUCUGUGUCUAGUAUGGGCAAACUUCUUAUCAAAGCAGUGGAUCAUUCAGACUCCGGUGUUUAUUACUGCAUCGCUGAGGUUCUGGGAGAUGUAGAUCUUCUUCCUUUUCGUUUAUCAGUUGUUGAAUCCUCCAGACCCUCCAUAGGUGAGGAGGUCAAGAUUGCUUACGAGAAAUUUGUUGGAGAAUCUGUUUAUCUGCCUUGCAAUACCACCGCAUCACCAGAUGCCGAAGUGAACUGGAUCUUUCCAGACGGCAGUAUUAUGAACGCCAAAGCAAACUCAUCUAGAGGUUUUAUCUUCUCCAACGGAACUCUAUUCAUUCCUCACUGCAGACCUAAUGAUAAUGGAAAUUACAAAUGUGUGGCUCUGAAUCAACAUGGUGAGGACACUCUUUCUGCAAAGCUCACUGUUAUGAGAAGACAAGGAACACAGCCUCUCCGACGGUAUCAUAUGGGGCCCCUGUCUGCGGCAGGUGUGUCUACAAAGGUCAGAGCAAUUUUAGAGGAUAUGGAGGAGUCGUCUGGUGAUGAUACAGGCCAGAAGAGAAUGCCAUCAAACAGAGGUUUUAUGAAACAAAGGAGGGGACCACAGUCAAGGUCACAGGGCUAUCCAGUCAGGAAUUUGCAGAGAAAUUUUCCUGGCCACAGGAAGCCAAUUAAGAAAGGUUUGAAUGGACAACAAAGGAAAGAUGCUCUUGGGAACAGGAGAAGAAUGAAUAAAUCCAACAACAAAAUAGAUCCACAGAGAUGGGCUGACCUUUUGGCCAAAAUUCGUGAGAAAACAGUUCCAAAUACCACAACACCUAGGUCUAACACAAGCAUUCCAAUAGAAAGGGUUCAGACUGUAGAUCCAGAAUCUCACAAUAACAUAGAAGGAUCUUCCCCGGAUGAUGUGAGCCCACUGAAGGAAGAGCCAAACGCCAUUAUCAUGUCUCAAUCUCAUAAUACACAACCAGUCACAGCUCCUUCACAUAUUGAAUACCAGUUGCACCAAAUAACACCUCCUGAAUCAAGCAUUAAGUCAGAUGAAGUAACACCGAGACCUGCAAAAACCACAGCUGCACCUAAUUACAUUACCACUGAGAUAAAUAUCCUGGAGGGGAACCAUGUAAACGCCUUAACUACCAGCACUUCACACAGAGAAGAAAGACGACGAAACCAAUUGGAAAAUAACCCAGCUGCUACCAAUUCAGAGUUAAAGAAUGAGCUUGGCAUCUCAGUGAAGUCUGCUGAUGUUAAGGAGUCCUACACAAAGAGUGAAAAUGACAGUGCACAAUGGAGGAUUAGUACUUCAACACAGACAACCAAAGUCAUUUCAGCUAAUGUUAUAAAGCAAAGAGCUCCAUCUAGUUCAUAUUCCAGGACCCCUUGGAAAUCCAGGAGGCGAUUUGGAAGCAGGGGACGAAUAAACCGAUUAAGACUAAGACCAUCUUUGCCCCUAAUCACUAGCAGACCACAGUUAUUUACAGCAUCCAAGGCCACUGGAACGCACAACCCAUCAAUCACUACAAUCACAUCCGGCACACUAACAGCAGGCACAUCAGCCUAUUCCACUGCUACAUCUAUUACUCCUUCCCAAUACCUGAAAUCCUUAACAGACAAUGAUGGUAAUGGUAUUGAUCAAAAGAAUGUCUCGCUGUUAGCUGACAAAAUCAAUCCAUUUGCCUACAAAUUGGAGGCGAGUGAAUUUUCCACAAUCCAGAGGACUGAACCAACUCUAAAUGUCCCACAAUAUGGUUUACACCACGCAAUACGCAUUACACCACCAGCAGUGACUGUGACCACAUCUCAGAGGAGAGCAAAUAAAGAUAUAUCCGAAGAGAGUUGGCAAAAUGUGCAGACAUUCACUACAGAGAUCAAGAUGAAUUACCACAUUGCUUCUACAUCUCAGCCAGAGGCAGAUUAUGAAACACUUGCAGCUACUCAAGGCGGGCUUACAACCCGAAUUUCAGCACUAAAACCAUCUCAGAAGCCUGUCACUGAGGAUGAAGCAACAGACACCAGUCUUCACAUAUCUGAAUCACACCCAGAGAAAACUCUCAGUAGCUUGCAAAUACUCAACUCUACACAUAAAUCUGUCAAAUCUGCAGCUGCUCCAGUCAAACCACUUCAAACCCCAGUUAUAUCUCCAAAAGAAGAAACUAAGGCAGAAGAUUUACUAAAUAUAUCAUUUUCUGAUUCUUCAGUGAAACAAAGUCAACCUGGGUUUCUAACCACAACACUUCAUACUGUUCCAGAUGAAUAUGAUUCUGUUUUUCCCAUUACGACUCCAGGCCCAGAGGUGGGAGAUGGAGAGUUGCCGUUGUCUAACAUAAGCAAACCCUCUGGUGUCAUUUCAACAACGACAUCUACAACACCACCACCAACCACUAAAGCUAAGAUUCACAUAUCAACAAAACCUCUCACAACAACAACAACAACCAUAACACCCUCAAUAACAUCCACAGAGUCUGGUUUUAACACUCCAAAUAUAACCACCAAUUUUGGAGAAACAAUCUCUUUAAAACCCAGCAUCCUGAUAGCAGAUAACAGAAUUCCAUUUUACUCAAGAAACACUCCAACUAACCACAUUCCUGAUCUGAAUCAUGGAAGAAUCCUUAAUACCAAUUCACCUGUGGAAGACAUAGCAGGCUCAGUUGGUACAAUCAGAUCAAGCGUGUCACCUAAAUCUUUUACAACCACUACUCGGACAACAACUACAAGCCCAACACCAACUGCAAAGCCUCUUAGCACAAUUCAGACAGGUGUAGUCUCUACAAACCGGCACCUUGGCGAGAAUGUCCCUCUUCCUCAGCCACCAUAUGUUCCUGUACUGAGAGCAAGGCCCAGAAUCACCACUGCUAAUCAUACCACAGUCACUGUGAAUGCUGAAACAGAUGUGCAGUUUCCGUGCAAUUCUGUGGGGGAACCUAAACCUUUUCUUACCUGGACCAAAAUCUCUACAGGGGCUGUUAUGUCAGCAAAUACCAGAAUCCAGCGAUUUGAGGUCCAGCCCAGUGGAACCUUGGUAAUCCGCAAUGUUCAGCUCCAGGAUCGUGGCCAGUAUGUUUGCACUGCUCAGACUCAAUAUGGUAUUGAUAGGAUGAUGGUUACCUUGAUGGUUCUGGCCCAAAUGCCAAAAAUCCUGCUUCCAUGGCAGCAUAAGAUGACCGUGUACUUGGGAGACCACGUCAACCUUGAUUGUCAAACACAAGGUCUUCCCCAUCCUCAGAUAAGCUGGGUGCUUCCAAACCAGACGGUGGUGCAAUCAGUCAGCACUAGGGAGCAGAGAUUAAUGAUUUUUAGCAAUGGGACACUUCAUAUGAAGCAGACUAGUUACCCAGACAGUGGAAUCUAUAAGUGCAUCGCCAGUAAUGUGGCUGGAGCUGCAACAAUGUCGAUUCGGCUCCACGUUACUGCACUUCCACCCAUAAUCCAGCAACAGAGACAGGAAAACCACACCAUUUCUGAGGGUCAGACCAUGUACAUCCACUGCAGCGCUAAAGGAGCCCCAUAUCCAGUGAUUCGGUGGAUCACCUUCAGUGGCAUGCAUAUCCGCCCUUCCCAGUCCAUCAAUGGAAAUCUGUUCGUCUUUCCCAAUGGGACUCUCUACAUUCGCAACCCAACAGAAAAAGACUCCGGUACUUACGAGUGUGUUGCUGUGAAUGUCGUGGGCAUGGCCAAGAGAAGUGUGAGUGUGUUGGUGAAGAGGACUUCCUCUACAGCCAAAAUUACCUUCACAUCGCCCCUAAGAACUGAUAUCAGUUAUGGUGGCAAUCUAAGGUUAGACUGCAGUGCUUCAGGAAGCCCUGAACCGAAAAUCAUCUGGAAAACUCCAGCGAAAAAACUCAUUGAUGAGAAUUUCAGCUUCGAUCACAGAAUGAAAGUCUUCAGCAAUGGCACUCUCACCAUUAAAUCAGUAACAGACAAGGACCAUGGAGACUACCUCUGUUUGGCCAGAAAUAAAAUUGGAGAUGAUUUUGCUCUCCUGAAAGCGAAUGUCAUGAUGAAAGCAGCCAAAAUUGAACAGAAACAGUUAAAUAACCACAAAGUUCUUUAUGGAAGUGAUUUGAAGGUGGACUGCAUUGCAUCGGGCCUCCCGAACCCUGAGAUCAAAUGGAGUCUUCCAGAUGGCACCAUGAUUAAUAGCGUCAUGCAGUCAGAUGACAGCGGAGUGCGCACAAGGAGGUAUGUUGUAUUUGACAAUGGUACCCUCUAUUUCAAUGACGUGGGUAUGAAAGAGGAGGGAGACUACACAUGCUAUGCUGAGAAUCAGAUUGGCAAAGAUGAAAUGAAAAUUCAUAUCAGAGUAGUGGCAGCUGCACCAGCUAUACACAACAACACUUUUGAGGUGAUCAGAGUCUCACAUGGGGAAACAGCAUCGCUUACUUGCAGGGCAAAGGGGCAGCCUUUACCAACAAUAGCAUGGCUUUCCCCAAACAACCACAUCAUAGACCUGCCAGCAUCUGAUAAGUACCAGCUUACCACUGAUGGGAUUUUGCAAAUCCAUAAGGUACAACGGUUGGACAGCGGAAACUACACUUGCUUAGCCAAAAAUACAGCAGGUUCAGACAAGAAGGUGGUUAGUGUAGAAGUUCUGACUUCAGCGCCCAUCAUUAAUGGACUAAAAAGUCCCCUAACCAGAGCAGAGGAGACCGCUGAGAAGGACCAGCGGGUUCUCCUGCACUGCAAAGCUGAAGGAACACCAUAUCCCCAAGUCAUGUGGAUAAUGCCUGAGAAUGUUGUGCUUCCUGCUCCUUACUAUGGCAGCAGGAUCAUGGUUCAUCGCAAUGGUACUCUUGAUAUUCGCAACUCACGCAAGAGUGAUUCUGUCCAACUGCUCUGCAUAGCUCGCAAUGAGGCAGGCGAGGCCAGACUGCAGGUACAGCUUCACGUUACAGAGCGUGUUGAAAAACCAAAGCUGAAAAGCUUGGCCACAGAGACUGUCCAAUUCACCAGUGGAGUCUCUGUGAUCCUUAACUGCUCCAUGGAGGGAAGCCCCCAUCCUGAGAUCACCUGGUUCCUUCCCAACGGAACAACCCUAUUGAGUGGAACUAGCAUUUUCCAUUUCAACCAUCUCCCUGAUGGAGCUUUGAUCAUUAGAGAACCUUCUGUUUCAGACGCAGGGAUUUACCAAUGCGUGGGCCGUAACAGUGCAGGCUCUGUGGAACGGACAGUGACUCUAGAGUCCAGCCAGAAGCCUGUCAUCAGUAGCAAGUACAGCUCAUUGGUCAGCAUUAUCAAUGGUGAAAACCUUCAGUUGAACUGUCUGUCAAGUGGUAACCCAAUACCCAAGCUUACCUGGACUCUACCAAGUGGAGAAAUCCUCACCAGGCCACAGAGAUUGGGACGAUACUUCAUUUUUGACAACGGUACCUUAACAGUCCAAAAGGCCUCCGUCUACGAUAGGGGAACUUACCUUUGUAAUUCUGCCAACGAACACGGGUCCUCGUCCAUGUCAGUCGCAGUGAUUGUGAUUGCUUAUCCACCGCGCAUCACCACUGGACCCGCAGCGGUCACUUAUGGAAGACCAGGACUUGCAAUCAAGCUUGACUGUGUGGCAAUUGGUAUCCCAAAGCCGGAGGUACUUUGGGAAAUGCCUGAUAAAACCCAGCUCAAGUCAGGCCCUCAUCCACGACUUUAUGGCAACAGGUACAUCCAUCCACAAGGCUCUCUGGUCAUCCGGAACCCAUCGAGCAGAGACAGUGGUGUCUAUAAGUGCACCGCCAAAAACGUGGUUGGCAGUGAUAGUAAAGCAACCUACGUAUAUGUGUUUUGAUACAAAAUAUUAUAUAAAUACCUACACGCCUUAAAGAACUGCAGUGCAGAGAAUACUGAUAAUAGCGAGUGAGUUAUUUUGUAGAUACAGGAUAUGCUGGUAAAUACUCUCUUGUAAAUACAGUAUUAAAGCUAAUUAACUGAAAUCAAGAUGAUUAUCAUCACAAACUAAAAAUAUCAGCAGAUAUGAUACAGAAACUGUUCAUCUGCUUUCAUGAUGCUGGGAGGAAAUUCAUGGUGUUUGGUUUAGAUCUAUACUUCUCAAAGUGGGCUCCAGGGACUCCCAGGUAUCUGUGAAGCAAAGCGAUGAGGUCUGCAGGUUUCUCGUUUUGUUGUAAUGGUGGAAACCACAAUUAUCAAAUUACUAUUAUUAUGUCUGUAAAUAAUGUUAACUGGAGUUUAAUGACAAUUUUAAUAAAAGUAGUUUCCAUGGGAGGAAAGUACAGAAAUAAAGAAAACCUCUCUGGUUUCAAAAUAUUAUUGUACACAUUUAAAUAAUGUGCCAGUUGUUUUUAAUAGUUUCCGUAAAAUCCGUACUGAGGUUUUUAUUUACAGUAAAAAGUUUAAUAAACCCCUUUUUUAUGUUACAGACAAAUGCAUUAUCAGGGAGCUUACAAAGAUAUUUCCAUUCACCUAUAUCUACAAUAUACAGUAGUUUAUUCUAAAGGACCAGGCUUUAAAGUAAAUUCAAACAUUGUAUUUUUGAAUAAGUAAUGUCUGUUGUGUGGUGAAUAUUGAUUUAUUUGUUUCCGAACACUGCAUUUUAUAGCAAAAUGUGUUCUAUUGAGUCUUAUUUAAACACGUAAUGGUGUAUCUUUUUGCAAAUGGAGUUUAAAAUAGGCAUUGCGAAUCUUUUUUUUUUUUUUUUGCUGUUAUGUCAUGCUAUAGGAACACUUACUAUGUCUUUUUUAAUUUAUUUGUCUUUUAAAGACUGAUCAAUUUCAUUUUAAAGCUAUUGAAUUUUUUUUUUUUUUGUGAGAAGCUCAUGGCUGCACUUUACAUCUACAUUUUAAAUAAACAAUGCAAGUAUUUCAA